AUGGAUUGCGCCAAACCGCCAAGUCACUCGCCUGACGGCGCGGCAAGCACUGGACCUGACGCCAUCGCCCCUCGUCAUUGGACGGGGUCUCAGUUCCACGACUCUCAAGCCCGGUCUAAAGCAGCGCAGGACGGAGAGUUCUGCGAUUCGCAAGUCAAGAGACACGGUGACGCGAUGCUGGUCCCUGCUGCUCUCGCUUUGGCCUGCCAAUGUUUGAUCAGCAGGUCACCGGGUGACGUCUCCCCCGUGUCCAUGGGCUAUUUGUCGACACGUCGCGAUGGGUGGUCACUGGUCGGGCCGGACGAGCGCUGGCACCGACUGUUGGGGAUUGCCUAUUCUGGAUUGGCGCCCACGCCGGUUUAG